AUGUCCAAUACCAACCAGAACCAAGACCCGAACCAAGACCCAAUCCACGGCCAGAGCCAAGACCUAAACCAAGACCUGAACCAAAACCAAACCAAGCCGGGUUUGGACCAGGAUCAAAACGAGACCAGAUCAAGUAUGAACCAGCAACAAACCAAAGCUCUCAACAAGAAACAAAAGAACCAACAGCCCAAACCAGCUCGAGCCAAGACCCAGACCAAGACCCAGGCCAAAAUCCAGACCAGAGUCCAGCCCGGGAUCCAGACUGGAGUCCAGGCCGGAGUCCAGGCCCAUCAGAACCACAUCCAGGAGAAAUCAAAGGAGGCCGAGACUUUCUGCAGUUUUAUCUACAAUCCCAGAACCGGAGCAGUGCUGGGCCGGACCAGGUCCUCCUGGGGGAGGAUCCUGCUCUUCUACCUGGUCUUCUACUCGCUGCUGUCGGCCAUGUUCUGCUUCACUCUGUGGAUGGUCCUCCUCACCCUGGACCCAGACUCUCCCAAAUACAGCGACCUGCUCCAGAACCCAGGUCUGGUGGUCCGGCCCCAGGUCUUGGAGAUCUCUUUUAACAGAAGCGAGCCUUCACAAUACAGUGCGUAUGUGGAGCAACUGCACCGACUUCUGCACAAAUACAACGACAGCAUCCAGGCAGCAAACGACCUGUGUCUGGCCGGAGAGUUCACCAUCCAGAACCAGAACCAGAACCAGGACCAGGACCAGGACCCAGACCCGGUCCAGAGGAAGGUCUGUCAGUUCAGGCGCAGCUCCCUCCGCUCCUGCUCCGGACUCACCGACCCACAUUUUGGAUUCAAGGACGGACGGCCCUGUGUCAUCAUCAGCAUGAACCGGGUGGUGGGGCUGAAACCCUCUGGAGACCCCUUCAUUAACUGCACAUCAAAGACUCCUCUAAAGAUGCAGUACUUUCCUCCAGACGCUCGUUUGGACCGGAUGUUCUUCCCGUACUACGGAAAGAGGAUCCACUCUCAGUACGUUCAGCCGCUGGUCGCCGUGAAGCUCCUCCCCUCUCGCCGUGAUGUGGGCGUGUCUCACUCCAUCACCUGUCGAGUCGAAGGCAGUGGAAUCAAGAACCAGAACUUUAGAGACCGGAACCAGGGACGGGUCUCCUUCAAGGUCCAGAUCACUCAGUAGAGUCUGGACUAAACCUGGACUAAACCUGGACUAAAUCUGGAC